AUGACACGACGUCUCGAUGACGGCACAACGACAUACGACCCGUUUACAGGCGUCCUCCCCGUCCUACCGCCCGAUGCCCAGCUUCCGGACAAGAACCCGCGCAGCAACGCCGCAACCGCAGCGUCGGCCGCCGGCGUGCGCGCCUUGAGCGCCCAGGCCAUCGCAUUUUACUUCCGCGCUCCUGUCAAGGCCUUCUUCCGCACCCGCGUCGACUACCUCGCCUAUGCGCGCAGUGUGCACCAGGCCCAGAUCGAGCUGCUCGCCCAGGCCGCCGCCAAGGAGCCCUCGACUAAGCUGAAGGCGACGCUGAACCAGGCAUGGUUCUAUCUGCGGGGCACCACGCCGGGCGUGCUCACGUCGGCGGUGAAGCAGCACGGCUGGAGCGUGCUCCCGAAUCAAGUCUUGCCGCCGCUCAUCGCAAACGUGGGCGUCGGGGCCGUGCUGUAUACCAGCUACCUCACGAUCCUUGGCAGCCUGCAUGAGGGGAGCGGCAGGGCGACAAAGACUGUCUACCCACCACCGCACCCGACGCAGACCUUCACCGCAGGACUUCUCGCCGGAAGUCUCCAGAGUUUCAUCGCCGCACCGUUAGAUGCCAUCCAGGCACGGUAUGAUCACCGCGACCUCAUGCCAACGGAGGGUGGGAAACCCAGAAGCAUGUGGGCCUUCAGUGCCGAGAAGCUGAGGGAGAUUGGUGUGCGUGGCAUCUUCGCGGGAUGGGGUCUUUCCCUCAUGAAGGACAGUUUCGGCGCAGCCGUGUUCUUCAGCGUUUUCGAAUACGUCAAGGCGCAAGGAUACUACCGCUUCGUCUCGUGGUACUACGGCGGACUCGAAGAGCAUAUUGUUGACUUUAUGGCCCAAAAGCGACCUGCGAAGAAUGGUAAACCGGAGGAUGACAACAAGCAGCCUCUCAUCAUUCGUCCGCACUACGCUAUAGAACCCAUCUUCUUGCUUCUCGGAGGACUCAGCGCAUCCUUUGCCCAACAAGUUGUUCUUCAUCCCUUGACUCACGUGCAAGUGGAGCACUGGGAUCGCCUUGAGGAACUCGACGCCAAGGCAGCGAAAUUGAGGGAAACCAAGGGAGCCGACCCGGCACACCGUAAAGACGGAUGGAGGAUGGCGAGGGCCUACUACCGGGCUUACAAAGAGACCUGGUCAGAAUGCUGCGCAGAGGCCGCAAAGGAAGGGUUGGGCGUGAGAAAAUGGCUAUGGCGCGGUUUCUGGUGGAACACCAUCCGCCAAGUUCCCAGCACAAGCGCUGGAUUGAUCAUUUUUGAACUGGUGCGACGAAAGUACGGUCUCGGCAGCGAAGAGGUUCGCAUCAUGGGAGACGGCUGUGGCUUGCAGGUGGCACGACUCUACACUGGCUGGCUGGUUUGCGGCACCUUCGGAUUCAUCAACAAAAUCGACGAAAUGGCCAACAUUCCAAAAUCAGACAAUGUCGUGCGCGUCAAGCUGGUCGACACGACAACUGCCAUGGUCGGCGUGGCCGAGUCCUUCGUUCAGCCAGUCGUGAAGGGGCAUGAAGUCAUCAACUUUUGCUCGCUAGCUUUCCUCCUCGAACAUGAGAAACUCGGAAAGAAGGCAAUGUUUGAUCUCGGUGUCCGAAAAGACUACUGGAACCUACCCAAGGGCGCUCAACAAGGAGUGCUGGGGCCAGACAGCGUGAUCUUCGGCAUGAGCGUACCCAAGGGCAUUGAUGAGGUGUUGGCGGAUGGAGGAGUAGAUCCCAAGUCGAUUGGUAAGAGCCUUUCUCUCUUAAUUGCUUUCCAGGAGCCUUCUCUCACAGACGACCGUACAGAUUACUGCAUAUGGUCUCACGCCCAUUUUGACCACCGCGGAGACGUGUCGGUCUUUCCUAAAUCAACAACUCUGGUAACUGGACCUGGAUACUUCUCAUCCAAAGGCAGACCCGGGGGAAGAGAUGAUCCACAGGCGGCAGCAGAGUUUGAAGGCCGACCGCUCGAGGAAGCCAACUUCGACAAAGGUCUGAUGGUGGGCAAGUUCAAAGCCCAAGACUUCUUCGGCGACGGUUCCUUUUACCUUCUUGAGGCUCCGGGCCAUCAGCCAGAGCACAUAUGUGGUCUCGCCCGGACGACACCGUCUUCGUCCCCCGAGGGAGCCACAUUCGUCUUUCUGGGCGGUGACAUCUGCCAUUUUGCGGGCGUCUUCCGGCCGUCGGAAGAGACCCCGCUCCCAAAUGGGAUUCCCGCUUCGGCCAUUGCAUUGCGCAGAGAUUGGGCGUCCAAAGCCGUGUGCCCAUGCUCUCACUUUACUCCCCACCAUCCUAACGCGUCGGACGAAAAAUCGGCGUCUACCACGCCCUGGUAUGAGCUUCCUCGCGGAGGUAAACACCCCGUCUAUACAGAUAUUGACCUGGCCACCGAGUCGGUUGCAAAGAUGCGUGAGCUGGAUAUCAAGGACAAUGUCAUGGUCUGCAUCGCGCACGACGCAAGUCUGCUGGAUGUGUUGCCGGUCUUCAACAAGCAGCCGGAGAGGGAUAUCAAUGACUGGAAGACUAAUGGAUGGAAGGCGACGACGUACUGGAGUUGGCUGAAUGAGGUGUCGGUAGACGGUAAUACGCCACAUGGGCCGGUGGUGGAAGGCUUUUGGAGGGAUGGCAAGAAGUGGGAUUACGCGGGAUACUUGGAAACUCUCAAGUAA